AAAUAAUUUAAUUGAGGCUAGUAGAUCUAAUACAAAUUUAAUGGAAACUAGUAGAUCUAAUACUUCUACAAAUUUAAUAGAUAUUAAUAAUUUAAUUAAAACUAGUGAAUUUAAUAGUUCUAUAGAUUUAUUAGAAACUAGUAAUUUAGUAAAUUUAAUAGAAUUAAUUAAAAUUCAAAAAAAUGAAUUAAUUGAAAAUAAUUUAAAUGAAAUUAAUCAACAAAUUACAAAUAUUAAAGUUAAUAUAACUGAUAAUAUAAUUUCAAUGGAUAAAGAAAAUUUUGAUCAAUUAAUUAAAUUAAUUAUUCAAAAAGAUUUAAAAAUAGAAGCUCUAAAUAAUCAAAAUAAUCAAAAUAAUUUAAUAAUAAUAGAUUCAAAUAAUUUAGAUAAUUAUAAUAUAUUAAUUACUAUAUUUUAA